GUAUUGUAUGUACUGUGGUGGUCGAAACACUAAUGUAACCCAUACCCGUCUCUUGUUCACCAUUCUCUCUCUUCGCCUUCGGGUAGUGCUUGAUUACAAAAGCCAAAUUCGCCCAAAAAUGCAAAUGCUCUGUAGAUCACUAGCACCUUCUGCCAUGGCUGCCCUCCCUUCUUCUGAGGCGAGAAGGAUGGUCUGUGUAUGGCCGGGCAUAAGGCAACUCUGCCUUCGGAAAAACCUUAUGUAUGGGUUCGUGCAGUUAUUUUCAUUUCCGUUCAAAACCUUGCGAGGAGUCAGUCGAUCUCUUGGUGUUUCUCAUUUGUGUAGCAUUUCCAACAUGUCAUCAUCAUUGCAAAUUGAAUUGGUACCAUGUCUCAAGGACAAUUAUGCAUAUCUUUUGCAUGACGUAGAUACUGGGACUGUUGGAGUGGUUGAUCCUUCUGAAUCUCUACCAAUAGUAGAUGCCUUGAGCAGAAAUAAUCGGAAUCUGACCUACAUUUUAAACACUCACCAUCAUUAUGAUCACACGGGUGGAAAUGUGGAUUUGAAAGCUAGGUAUGGGGCAAAGGUAAUUGCAUCAAGUAUAGAUAGGGAUAGAAUUCCUGGCAUUGAUAUAAGCUUGAAUGAUGGUGACACAUGGAUGUUUGCUGGGCAUGAGGUGCACGUCAUUGCAACCCCAGGCCACACCAAAGGUCAUAUUAGCUUCUAUUUUCCAGGCUCUGGGGCUAUUUUCACUGGAGAUACUUUAUUCAGCUUAUCAUGUGGCAAACUAUUUGAAGGAACACCUGAACAGAUGCAUGAGUCCCUUGGAAAGUUAAUAUUGUUGCCAGAAGACACAAAUAUAUAUUGUGGUCAUGAAUAUACGUUGAGUAAUUCGAAGUUUGCACUGUCUGUUGAGCCUGGGAAUGAGGAACUGCAGUCAUAUGCAGCCAAUAUAGCCCAUCUUUGCAAAAAGAACUUGCCAACGAUUCCAACCACUCUAAAGAAGGAGAAGUUAUGUAAUCCUUUCUUGCGUACUUCAAGUCGAGAAAUACGUCGGACAUUGAAUAUUCCAAUGGAUGCGAGCGACGCAGAGGCAUUGGGUGUGAUCCGACAAGCCAAAGAUGAUUUCUAAAUAGUUUUUGUAUACCCUUUUUACCUUGUGUCAAUGUCGUGCACAUAAGAAAUUAGGUCUAGCAUUCCGGAAGAUGGCUACGACACAAAUACCAACCAUACACACAAGCUUUAAUGAAUGAUUACCCAAUGCUUCUUUUUGAUC